AUGGCCGCUGAGAUCCUCCUGCCCCCGCUUAUCUACGACAUGUGCCUCGUCUCUAAGAUGGUCUUUACACCCAACCCCACCACAAACGACUUCCUGGCCGCCGUGAUAUGUGACAUCAAUGGGUUUGCCCGCGUCACUGCUGGGGCCAAGAGGUGGGCCAUCCUCGACCCCAUCCGCCUCAACGAUGGAGACCAGAUCACCGACCUCCUCUACCACAGAAAUGGUAUGGUCUACUGCCUCACUCGGUUUAGAGAUGUCCACGUGCUCCACCUACCGCAGCACCGCUGCAGGAACCUGUCAUCCUCGAGGGCCACACAUUAG